AUGGAAACUUCAAAUGUAUUUCGUCGUAUAUUGGAAGUCCAUUCAAUUGUUGAGGAUCUCUCUUUGCGGUUGGGUGUGCUUGGUGAAAAAUGGUUGGAAGCGAGUCUCAUCAAACCAAAAUUCUUUGAAUUUAAACCAAUCGAAUUGUUUGCAUUAUCAGAACGUUUAAAAUUAGCUGAACCAUCUUUCAGUGCUUCUUCAAACGGAAAUGGAGAAGCAGAUAUUGCAAAUUACGUUGAAUUUCUUCAUAAAGCACGCGCACUGAAAAUCCGUGGUUCUUCAGGCUAUGUUAAUUCUUCAAAUAUUUUGCAUAAUGAUUUGCCAGUCAGCCUACAUUUGUGCAAAAGUUUGCUUGCGUUAUGGAUCGCGCAUUUCGAUGUGAAGAAGAUCAAAAAUCUCACAAAUGUGAAGAAAACAUGUAGACGGCUUAUUGUUCAUUAUUCUAUGAAAAAAUUGUCGGAUUUGCUGUUGAAUUUUAAUAGUGGUUUAUUCGAUGAGGACUUAGAAAAGUGGAACUGCAUUGAAUAUGUCGAUUUUUCAUUUAACGAACUCAUUGAAAUUGAUAACUCUAUAACAGUGCUUCAAGGAGUAUCUAAACUGAAUUUUUCAUACAACAAUUUGCGAGAUAUCGGCGAAAGUUUACAGUAUAUAACAACUUUGGCUGAACUUUGUUUGACUGGCAAUAUGAUAAGAGAAUUGCAUAAUUGGAAUCUAAAACUUGGCAAUAUUAAAAAGCUUUUUUUAUGCAAAAAUAAAAUCACAUCUGUACAAGGACUUGAAAGAUUGCUAUCGUUGGAAUAUUUGGAUUUGAGUGACAAUAUUAUUGCAGAACCAAGCUGUAUACAACCAAUAGGUAAACUUCCAUGUCUUGAGCAUCUCGUCCUUCGGGGUAAUCCAAUACGACAGCUCAUAGAGUAUAGGACUAAAGUUAUCGAAUCUUUCGAUGAUCGAGCGGCUGAAGUGUAUUUGGAUGGAAAACGUGCAAAUCAACGUGAAUUGGAUACAAUUUCAGUUCGUUUAGCUCUAAAAAAAAUUGAAAAAGAAAAGGAAGAAAUGCAGCGUCAUUCGUGA